AGCAUCCGGAGCAUCUUCGACGACACAUGAAUGCAACCUUUUGAGGCAUCAUCUCCAGGUGUUAGAGGGGAGUUUAUCUAAGGCACAGCGCUGGGAAACACAAACCGCAGCACCGACGUGACCUAUGAUGGACAGCAGGAAGUGGCGAGCGGCGCUGGGUGUGUGGUUGCUGUCGGCGCUGUGUUUGAGUGGCUGCGACAGUGCAGGCGGCUCAGAGUGCUCAGAGCCAGAUGGCACCACACGCUUCAUGUCAGCUGAUGUGGACACACAGAGAGCUGAGCAGAGCCGCAGGCGACACCUGGAGGCGAUCUUCAAUCGGUACGGGGAAAACGGCACCAUCUCUUUUAUGGGUUUGAAGCGACUCCUGCAGAGCGUGGGUUUGGAUCGCAUCAGGACUGUUAUGACGCAGCAUCAUGAACACCAUAGCCAUCAUCCCAAACACCGCCACGGCCAUGAUGACGACACUGCUCACCAGCGUGCACACUCAGAGGUCAGAAAGCUCAGAAAUACCUCCAGCGGGUCCUCGGAGAAGACUACAGAAAAUCACGACAGCCGCCACCGUAUGCACAAGAGGGCUGUCACACUUGAUCAGGAACGUGAGACUUCCAACACCCCUUUGGAGGGGAAACCAGGAGAAGUUCACAAAGAAGACGAAGGAAGAAGUUUCAAUUCUACAGGGGCAACCACCCCCCGGCUCUUUAUCGAAAGCCCCACCCAACCACCUACAGUUGGCUUGGAGGAUCAUGACCCUGAUGAUGGCAAUGAACUCAUUAACCACAACCUACUCCACAACAAGAGCCUUGACAGCAUUGAGUGUAUGAACGCCUCCAGCAUUCUCUUCUCUCACGGGAUGUCACAGGAUGUGGGCGUGACCGUCGGUGAUUUCAGCUACCUCUGCCCCGCCCUUCUUAACCAAAUUGAUGGCAAAGUGUGUAUCCAUCACAGACACGCCCCUGAGGACAGAGAAAAAGACCACAAACACCAUAAUCAUGGACACAGUCACCAUGGUAACCACAACAGCACUGACCAUGGCCAUCGUGACGGUGUAGAAAGUGGUAAAAACAUCACAACAGCGUGGGUCGGCGGCUUUGUCUCCAUCACGGUGAUCAGCCUGCUCUCUCUGCUCGGCGUCGUCCUCAUCCCGCUCAUGAACAGAGUUUUCUUUAAGUUCCUCCUAAGCUUUCUGGUGGCGCUGGCGGUCGGGACGCUGAGUGGCGACGCCUUCCUGCACCUCAUCCCCCAUAGUCAGGGUGGCCACCAUCACCACCAUGAAGAUUUUGGCAUAAACAUGGAGGGUCAUCACAGCCGUGACGAGCCGCAGGAAAACCUGGAUGCUGUGUGGAAGGGUCUGACUGCUCUGGGCGGAGUCUACUUCAUGUUUCUCAUUGAACACUUUCUGACUCUGGGAAAAAUGUACAAAGAAAAGAAACAGAAGAUCCAGAAAAAGUGGGACCAGAAUGACAAAGGGGAACUAGAGAAGCAGCCUGCUGUGGAGGAGAACAACCAGAAGCUUCCUGAAGAUGUGGAGACCAAUGGUGCCGGCGCUUUUGGUGACCACUUGGAGGACCUGCACAGUAACAGUGAGGACGAGGAAGAGCAAGUGAUGCUGACGCCACAGGUGGCCAUCGUCACGCCGCAGGAUUAUGACCAGACGUCCGGCGCCGUUGCUGCCUAUACUGCUGAGGACUGUGAAAACAAAUGCCACUCCCACUUUCAUGACACGGUGGGCCAGGCCGACCACAUGCACCAUCACCACCACGACUACCACCACAUCCUGCACCACCAUCACUCUCAGAACCACCAUCCACACAGCCACUCCCACUCCUACUCCGAGCAACACUUCCAGAAGGCCGGGGUGGCUACACUCGCGUGGAUGGUCAUUAUGGGGGAUGGCCUGCACAACUUCAGUGAUGGCCUUGCCAUUGGAGCUGCCUUCACUGAGAGUUUGUCCAGCGGCCUGAGUACAUCUGUGGCUGUUUUCUGUCACGAGCUGCCUCAUGAGUUGGGUGACUUUGCGGUGCUCCUGAAGGCCGGCAUGACGGUACGUCAGGCCAUUCUCUAUAACGUGCUGUCUGCCAUGAUGGCAUACUUGGGGAUGGUCACUGGGAUCUUGAUUGGGCACUAUGCGGAGAACAUCUCCAUGUGGAUAUUUGCGCUGACGGCGGGCCUCUUCAUGUACGUGGCCCUGGUGGACAUGGUUCCAGAGAUGUUGCACAACGACGCCAGCGAUCACGGCUUCAGCCACUGUGGCUUCUUCUUGCUGCAGAACGCCGGCAUCCUGCUGGGCUUCUGCAUCAUGCUACUUAUUGCCAUUUUUGAGCACAAGAUACAGCUGGAUCUGGGAUACUGAAGGAUCCGGAGUGCAGGUGUCCGUCACACAAAUUCACUGUUUUUAUUGGUUGUUCUGGACCGACUGUAACCAAUCAGAGCGCUUUGGUUUAGAUUUUCACAACAAAAGCUGAAGUAGAAUUUAUGACGUUUUGGUACUUUUUUUUUUAAGUUUGUCUUCCUUACUGCAUUUUUUGUUUUAUUUUAUUUUUUGAAGCAACAACCACCUUCUCUCCUGUGACGGUUUAAAUUUAAUCAAAUAAGGUCAUACAGUCUGAUUAUAUACGCCAGGAAGCUUCUCUUUUCACCACCAUGUCUCCAAAACUAAAAUCAACUUUCAUAAAACAUUAAAUACAUCUCUUAUUGUCAUAAUCAUAUCGUGGGGUUCGCAUUGAAUCAUAUUUUAGUUUUUUGUUUUGUUUUGUUUU